GUAAUAGAUUAGAUUUAGCGAAGAAUAAAGCCAAGUACAAAACACACGUAUCAUGUUUUUAAGCUUACUUCCAGAGGCCUAGGCGGACUCUUCCUUAACAUAAAGUCAACAAUCCAGAUUUAAUCUCACAUCUUAUACGCGUAUUCAUGUACGUACACACAUUUUUGUAUAUUAUUACACUACUACAAACAUAGUAAUCUCCAGAUCGAACCCCAGAUUCAUGAACACAAUACCUUAAUAACCCGGUCGUGUUCAUGGCGCGUAUUUAAAUAUUACAUAUCUGUAUGUAUCUGUAUGUAUAAUAUAGGCUAGUUUGAAAACAACGUUCGAUCUCCUUUCGAAAUUAUAAUCAGUUUGGUUUGGUUUGUUUUGUUUAUAUUAUUAUUGCUUGUACCUAAUUACUUGUAUUAUAUUGUAUAAUCAACUUUAUUUCAAGUAAUAUAUAAUAUUUCAAAUAUAUGUUGCUUCAAGAUUCAAAAUAGUUGAGUUGAUGCUUGUUUGCCGGCGGUGUUAGAUCGAGCCCAGAUUCAGGCUUCUCUUUCUCAUCAUCAAUGGCUAUUAUGAAAGCAAGAACAUUUUUUGGGGUUUCUCUCUCAUUAAUUAUUAUCAACCUGGUUGCUGUAAUGGAGCGUGCUGAUGAGAAUCUUCUUCCAUCUGUUUACAAAGAAGUUAGUGAAGCUUUUGGUGCUGGGCCAGCUGAUCUUGGUUAUCUCUCAUUCACAAGAAACUUUGUGCGGGGAAUUUCAUCACCACUAGCUGGUGUAUUAGUUAUAAACUAUGAUCGCAGCACUGUUCUUGCAACUGGGACCUUUUUUUGGGCAUUUGCAACAGCUGCAGUUGGUGCAAGUCGUCAUUUUCGGCAAGUUGCAUUCUGGAGAGCAGUAAAUGGAUUUGGACUAGCAAUUGUGAUACCUGCGCUUCAGUCUUUCAUCGCUGAUAGCUACAAAGAUGCUGCAAGAGGAGCUGGAUUUGGGUUUUUGCAUCUUAUUGGCCACAUGGGUGGCAUAGGAGGUGGAGUUCUUGCCACUGUAAUGGCUGGACAUGAAUUCUGGGGUAUGCCUGGAUGGCGUUGUGCCUUCAUUCUGAUGGCAACUUUGAGUGCCCUGAUAGGAUACUUUGUUCUUCUGUUCGUUGUUGAUCCAAGAAGAACAGACCCUACAACUGAUGCUAGUUCUGAUAGGGAAGCAUUAGUAUACAAAGAUAAUAUCAGUGUGGCAUCAGUUUGGAUGGAGGCCCUGAAGGCAAUGAAAGCAGUCGUAAAAGUGAAAACAUUUCGGAUCAUUGUCUUGCAGGGUUUAGUUGGUUCACUGCCUUGGACGUCCAUGGUUUUCUUCACUUUGUGGUUUCAACUAAUAGGCUUUGAUCAUAACAGUACAGCAUCCCUCCUUAGUCUUUUUGCUGCUGGAGUUGCCAUGGGAUCCUUUUUGGGUGGAGCGCUUGGUGACAGAAUAUCACGUGUUUACCCUAAUUCAGGUCGCAUAUUAUGCGCACAGUUCAGUGCGUUUAUGGGCAUACCAUUCACAUGGUUCCUUCUUAGAGUAAUUCCACAAUCAGUGAGCAGUUACUAUACAUUUGCCAUCACACUUUUCCUCAUGGGCCUCAGCAUAAGCUGGUGUAACACGGCUGCAAAUGCCCCCAUGUUUGCUGAGGUUGUCCCUGCUAAGAAUCGGACAAUGAUUUACGCAUUCGAUAGAGCUUGUGAAGGAUCAUUCUCUGCUUUUGCUGCUCCAAUGGUCGGAAUUCUUUCAGAAAAACUAUAUGGUUACAAUCCAAAAUCUGUUGAUCCAACAAACGGGUCAUUGCCCGAGGCCCUUGCGUUGUCCAAAGGGCUUUUCACAAUGAUGGCAGUUCCAUUCGGCUUGUGUUGCUUGUUUUACACACCUGCUCACUGGUUCUUUAGAAGAGAUCGCCUGAACGUUAGAAUGGCUAGUUUGAAAGAGACCGAGUUGAUAUAGAUAGCGUUUUUUCUUGGUGCCCAGAUAUUAUUCAGCAGAAACGUAACGUUUUACAUGGAAGGUAAAAUCCUUGAGAACUAGAGUAUAAUUCUUUGACAUAGUUUGUAUUUUAACUAUACUCAUAGUUUGGAUUUAAUGAACCACUGUUGUGGUUCACUAUUCAUAGGGGACUACUACAUUAUUAUUCCAUUACUACUUCCCUUUCA